AUGAUAAGAACAAAUCGCUUCGGAAGUUUGCUACUUCUAGCUUUGGGUCUAUUGGGAAAUUUAGGACCUUCUCUGGCCGGUCGUCAUCCCAAUUAUUUUUGCGAUUUGCCGUGCAAAAAUGUCUUGGGCUCCUAUUUUAUGAAUACGGCUUGUCAACGACAAAAUGUGAUGUGCCAAGGUGGUCAGAAGUGCGGAGAAGAAUUUAAAGUGGUUGCUUUGAAUGAUACAGACAGGCAAUACAUGUUGGAUAUUCACAAUUAUUUGAGGAAUAAAGUUGCAAUGGGAAGGGAGACGAGGGGAUCCCAACCGACAGCGGCAAAUAUGAAUGCACUUAGUUAUAAUAAAGAAUUGGAGUUUAUGGCUCAAUGUUGGAUUAAUGAAUGUCACAAGGAAAGCAUAUUGGUCCAUGAUAAGUGCCGAAGAACUGCUGAAUUUUCGUGGGUUGGUCAAAAUUUAGCAUACGUGGGAUCCACAGAUCCAAGCCAACUGGACAAACUAUCGAUGAUAAAAAAAAUGAUCCUGGGAUGGUAUGAUGAAGUAGCAGAAUUUAGUUCCUCGUGGGUCAACAAGCACGAAGAGAGGGAUGCUAUGAUAGGCCAUUACACGCAAUUAGUGUGGGCCGAUACCAAAGAAAUCGGAUGCGCCAUGUCGUAUUUCGCGCACCACGACGGUACGUACAAAUGGUACAAUUUAAAACUGGCCUGCAAUUAUGGGCCUGGUGGAAACUACUUAGGACAACCGGUGUACAAAAUCGGCAAAACCGGUUCCAAGUGCGCUGGGAAAAAAACCAAUAAGAGAUUUCCCGGUUUAUGUGGAGUUGAUGUACCCAUCAAUCGAACCAAGAACUACUAUAACGAAUUCUUCAAAUAUUACAUUUAA